CAGCUGAUUCAUGACGUCACGGAUCUUAUAACCAAACUGAUAACCACACUCGCUUGAACGGAUCGGUAAAUACCAAUCCAAAAUGGUAAAUACCAUUUCCAUUUGGUUAUCCGCUUGAAUUUGAUUUAUUUUUGCACACGGAGUGCCAGUCGUAUGGAAUUGAAUCAAUUGAUGGAAUUCCAUGUGACACAGAGUCCCACCGCAGAGCUACCAACCUUAAUAAGUGCGAAUGACUUUACGAUGUCAGUGAUGAUAUAUGGAUGAUAUCAACUCUUCAUAACCUAUUUUCCUUAUGUCAAAAAUUGUUUUGAAUUGUGAUAUAUUUUUAUACAUAGAAAAUAGAUUUUACAUCAGUGCUUAGAAGUUUAAACCCCAAAGCAAAGAGUAGUUAUCCCAAAGCUUGAGCCUUGAAUAUGAAUAUGUGAAUGCCUAGAAGUGAAGGAGAAAACAUUAAAUUUUAGUAAUCUGUAGCCAAAGAUUCAGUGGAAAGCAGACCAUGGAAAAAUCAACUAGUGCAAAUUCACAGCAUGAUCUCUACCUCCAGGAAAUCGAAGGCAUUGAUGACUAUUGGGGCCCAACAUUUAGGGCAAUUUUUGAUAAUGAAGAACAUAAUGAAUUCAAGAAAAAAUUGCAAGAGAGAAUAAAACACCAUGAUAAAGACAUUGAAAGGCUAUGCAAUGUAUAUUACCAAGGCUUUAUUGAAUCUGUCAGAGAGCUUCUCGAAGUCAGGUCUCAUUCCAAUAAAUUGAAUAACCAAGUAGUGGGCUUAGACAAACAGUUGCAUACAGCAGCAAGUAAUAUAACUAAAUCAGGUAAUGAGCUACUACAAGCAAGGCAAAUCCAGAGCAAUAUUGCAGUAGUUAUAUCUCAGUUGAAUCUCUGCCUUCCUGUUUUCCUCACAUACUUCAAAUUGCAAAAGCAAACUGCUGAAAAAAGGUACUACCCAGCAUUGAAAACACUUGAAGAGCUAGAGCACUUACAUCUGCCUCAUGUAUCCAAUUACAGGUUUUCAAGACAGUUACAAGAAAACAUUCCCAAGUAUCGAGAGAAAAUUGGAGAAGCAUCAAUGUCAGACUUGAAAGAUUUCUUAGAAAAUAUCAGGAGAUUUUCGCCAAGAAUUGGAGAGGUUGCCAUGCGCCAUACUAGUGAACAACUGGCUAGUGAUCCUACAAUAAUUGGAAGGAAAAAGAAGAGGAAUGCUACUGUACAACAAGGUUACUCAAGUGAAGAAGAUCUAAGUGCUCAAGAACUGAUUGAUUUUUCACCCAUCUAUCGAGGUUUGCACAUUGCUCAUAUUCUUGGUAGAUCAUCUACCUUUGAAUCCUACUAUAGAGCAGAAAGAACCAAACAAGCUAGACUUGUUCUACAACCACCUACCAACAUGCAUGAAUCAGAAGAAAGUUAUAAAGUUUACAUCCAUUCUGUACUUGGCUUUUUCAUUUUGGAAGAUCACGUCUUGAACACGGGAAAAGGUUUGAUUACCAGAGCAUUUCUAGAUGAUAUGUGGUCCAUGGCUCUAUCCAAAAUAGUGACAGCACUUCAGACACAUUCGGCAUAUUGUACAGACACUACUUUGAUCCUGAAGAUAAAAGAUUUGAUAAUGUUAUUUUGUGCCACUUUAAAAAACUAUGGAUAUACUGUCAAACCAUUGUGGGAGUUGGUUAGAGAACUGAGAGAUCACUAUACCGAGGUGUUGAUGCAAAGAUGGGUGCAAGUAUUUAGAGAAAUUCUUUCAAAGGAAGAUUUUCAGCCAAUCAAGGUUUAUGAUCAAGAGGAAUUUGAUAACAUUCUGUUAUCUUUUCCAUGGGAUGGAGACUUGAAUGAUGUGAUAACAUUUCCAUACAGUUUUCCUUUCUCAAGUAUGGUACCCAAAGUAUAUCAGCAGGUGAAAGAAUUUAUCUAUGCAUGUCUCAAGUUCUCAGAAGAUCUGAAUUUAAGUCAAGUGGAAGUAGAUGAGAUGAUCCGUAAAUCGAUCAACUUAUUGCUGACACGAACUUUCAGCGGUUGCCUAUCUUCUGCUUUCCGAAAUCCACACAUCAAUUUGCAAGAAAUCAUCCAGAUAAUUGUGGACACUGGAUAUUUGGAAGAGGCUAAUGUCUACUUGGAUCAGUUCAUUUCUAAUAUUACUGGGGAGGAUUCGAGAAGUUUAGUAGCAGGUGUCGUACAAAGUCAACAUGCCUUGUUCAGAGUAGCAAGGGAAGAUGCUGUGAGACAGAUAUGCGAGAAGUUGAAGCAGAAGCUCAGUGAAUUCUUGGAAUUGGAGGAUUACGAUUGGCUGCUUGUGGAACCGAAAGGUCACGCCUCAAGCUAUAUUUCAGAUAUGAUUGCGUUUUUGCAAACGACAUUUCAAAGUUUUACGAAUAUCCCACCAGAAGCAGCCCAGAUUGCCUGUAAGUCUGCUUGUGAACAUAUAGCGAAUUUUUUAUUGAACUUGUUACUCGAUGACGAAAUUAAGCAAAUUUCCAUGGGCGUACUAAAUCAGCUGAAUCUUGAUCUUCUGCAAUGUGAACAAUUCGCUGCCUCUGAACCAGUGGAAGGUCUGCAGGAUGAGCUAUUGAGGUAUUUUGAGAAACUACGAGAAAUCUUAGAUUUGUUCAUAUCUUGGGAUUGGCCAACAUACUUUCACGAUUACGGACAGGAAACAAAUAAAUACAAGAAAGUUAACCCGGAUGUGGCCAUAAUUCUGCUAGAGAAAUUGAAGGAAGGAGAUAAAAAAACCAUGUUUACAGUUUUGAAGAAAAGUGAGAGAGACAAGAAGAAACUGAUGGAAACUGUAUUGAAGCAACUUAGACAGCUCUCACAGAUUCCUCCUGGAAAAUAAAAUAAUUUAUUCUGUUAAUCUAAUAAGUACUACUAUGUGAAACAUUAUUUGUAUAUAUAUAUAUAUAUAUAUGAUGUAUUAACUAAUUAAACAUAGAUGUUUACAUAAGC